UUCCCAACGAGACAAAAAAGAACAAAGAAAACACAUGUCGGUGUAAUUUUAAAGGAGAAAUGAGUUCUUUGAAACCUUUGCAUAUUGUCAAAUACCAUUUUCGCCCUUUGAAGCUCCCAAAAGCUAAACGCCCACAGUGAGCAAUUGCACUUGACCAGCACACGACUGACACGUUAACAAGCCGCACCAUGUCGAACAUAUUCACGGCCGAGCAAAUUUCCAACUGGUUCGCCACCAAUUCCUCGUUUACCAAUAUCAAGAUCACAGAAAACGUCGUCAAAAAGAAAUUGUCCGAGACGUCGUCAAAAGACACGAGUCCAGAAAGGGUUCCAGAUCACGACAACCUGAAAAGUGCGAACAAGACAAAAGAUGAUGCUUUACUUUCCGUAUCCUUAGAAACCUGUCCGCCACUUGCGAGCUACGACCAACCCAGCUUCCCCAUUGCCAAAAGCAAACAGAAGCUGAUUUCUCUCAUAGAAAACAACUCCGUCGUGAUUAUUCGAGGAGCCACAGGCAGUGGCAAGACCUCGCAGCUGCCACAGUACAUUCUGGACCACUACAAUGACAAAAAUGCCUCUUGCAACAUUAUUGUCACGCAACCGCGCAAACUCGGCGCCACCAGUAUUGCGAAAUGGGUCGCCUCUCAGAGAAAAUGCACCUGUGGUAGUCUGGUUGGAUAUCAGGUUGGACUGGAGAAGACAGCUACUGAGCACACCCGACUGCUCUAUGUGACAACAGGAGUGCUGCUGGAAAAACUGGUUGCUGCCAAAACCCUUACAGAGUACACUCAUAUUUUCAUUGAUGAGGUUCACGAGCGCACGGACGAGAUGGACUUUGUCUUGCUGAUCGUGAGAAGACUUCUUAACACCAACUCCCGUUAUGUGAAGAUAAUCCUCAUGUCAGCCACCUUCAACUGCAAACAAUUUGCAGAGUACUUCAGCACCCCUGUUGGUGAAAAAAUGAGCUCCGCUUAUGUGUUUGAGGUGGAGGGGACACCUUUUGUCAUUGAGGACUUUUACCUGGAUGACCUGUUGUGGCCAACUAAUCUGAAUUCGGCAUGUUUGGAUGAUCCCUAUAUUUCACCCGAGAUGUACCACAUCGCCAUCUGCCUCAUUGAGAACUUUGACAAGAUGGAGAGCGAGGCUGCCAGUGAUGCAGAGAUGGAAGGCACCGUACAUUUUGCAGAGAGAGGCAGUGUCCUUGUUUUCCUCCCCGGAUUGUUUGAGAUAAGACAUAUGCAAGAAGCCCUGACCACACUAGUCCACAAGAGGUUGCAGGUGUUUGCCCUCCACUCCAGUGUGACAAUGGAGGAGCAAUUUGGUGUCUUCCUGUCUCCCGUGCCAGGAUACAGGAAGGUCAUCCUUUCAACCAACAUUGCAGAAAGUUCAGUGACUGUGACUGAUGUCAAAUAUGUUAUUGAUUUCUGCUUGGCGCGUCAGUUGGUUUGUGACAAAGAAACCAAUUAUCAGUCUCUGUGUCUCACAUGGGCGUCAAAGACCAACUGCAACCAACGUAGAGGAAGGGCGGGUCGAGUUUCCAAGGGCUAUUGCUACCGCCUCGUCAGCAAAAACUUCUGGGAGAAUGAAAUCCCAGACUACAUGAUCCCUCAAAUGCUGAUUGCCCCGCUGUCCAAAAUAUUGCUGAAGGUGAAGCUGCUGGACAUGGGAGACCCUCAAUCCCUCCUUUCAACAGCUCCCUCAACCCCCAAUCUCAAGGAGAUUACGAGGACAGUGCUCCAACUGAAAGAGAUGGGGGCCCUGUCUUCUAAACAGGAUGGUAAUUGUCUAGACAGAGAUGGGGAGCUGACAUUCCUGGGCCGAGUGGUGGCCCACUUACCUGUGGACAUAUACCUUGGCAAGAUGAUUGUCCUCGGUCACAUCUUCGGUUGUUUAGAUGAGUGUCUCAUCAUAGCUGCUUGCAGCUCUAUGAAGAGUUUCUUUGCCAGACCUUCAAUGCAGCAAGUUGCCAGCCAAAGGAGCAAGCUGGCUUUUGCCCGAGGCAGCCAAAGUGAUUCCAUAGCAUUUGUCAACACCUUUAAGGAGUGGAACUCCUUCAAAGAGAAAGGACAGAUGAGGGAGCUGAAGGAUGCACUGAUUUGGGGAAGAGAGAACUUCAUACAGAUCAAGAGGAUGCGAGAGGUUGCAGAUCUUUAUUCAGAUCUGAAAGAACGUGUGAAAGUGUUCAACAUGCAAGUGCCGGAAAACACCCGGCCCUCUGACCACACCAGCAUGCACACACAAAAGUUUAUUCUUCAGGUCGUCAUUGCUGGUGCCUACUACCCCAACUACUUUGUGCAGGGGGACAUUGAUGAUAAUUUAGCUUCCAGAGAGUUGUGUGGCUUAAACCCCAAAACGACAGUGAUGGUGAGAAACCUCCCACCCUACAGUUUCCUUUACUACAAGCAGCUGCUCGCCCUGUUCCGCCCAUGUGGACGAGUCAAAGCCAUUGUCUUUGAGUGCUCCAGAGCAUAUGUGGAAUUCUACAAGACAUCACAGGACUCUGCAACCCUGCUUGACGUGUCUGUCUCCCUCCUCCUGGCCCAGACGAAAACUGCCCUGGAGCUUUCUGUCUACCCCAUAGAGCAUAUCAAAGCCUCUGCCGGGAACAGACAAAUAACUCAUUUGGAAUACACACGGGUGAAAGUUGACUUAGAGAGCCAAUCAGUCCUUCCACUGGGACUGGUGAGCAGCACCCUUGACCCAGACAAACUGCCAGCCAGCCUCUGUUUCAUGGUGAACGUCACAAAGGUGGUGGAUGUGGGUCAUUUCUGGGGAUUCCUGGCAGCUGAAGCUACUUUGGAGAAGCAACGCCAAUUGACAAGAGAGAUCAACAAGCGUACUCUUGAGCCUGUGACUGGGUCGCUCUACCCUAAUUUCUUUUGCCUGGCGCCUUACUCUGAAGUAAACGACCAGAUCCUCUACUAUCGGGCCCAGAUCCAGCACAUUUGUGGAAACACAGCGGAGGUGUUCUUCUUGGACUUUGGUAACACACUGUCUGUCCAGUGCAACAGUCUGAGGGAGCUCCCAUCUGACCUCCAGGGUCAGCCCUUCCAGGCUCAGGAGUUCCAAGUGAUUGAAAUGCGUCCGUCAGCAGAGUCCAUCAUAUACGGCAACCAGUGGAGCAGCCAUGCCCGUCAUCAAUUCAUAGCGCUGGUGAAAGACCACUGUGUGGUUGUGUCACUGUACUCUGUUCUCCACGAUGUGAUGCGUGUGCAGCUUCUCAUCAGCUCUGGUACCACAAACAAAAGCAUAGUCGACAUCUUUGUGGAGGGAGGCCACGCUAUUCGUGCUGAAGAAAGCUUUGACUCUAAGCAUAACCAUGAGGUGCUGGUUUCUAUGUACCAAGACAUCGAAACUGGCAUGUAUGUCCGUAAUGCUAGCAGCAGCUCCUGGAAAGACCGCCAGAAAGAUGACAAGCAGCUCAUCGAAUGCCUCCUUUCUCGCUUUUCCAAGAGCUGCCCGCCUUAUUCCAGGACAAAGGUUCGUCUGCAUGGACCAAGCAGUCCUUACAAAUGCCAGUUCCACUCCAUGUUCCACAAUGAGAACAUUAAGACUGUGACCAUCGAAAAUUCCAGCGUCAACAGUAUGGUUCUAACUGAAAAUCCUCACCACAAGCACCAGAGAAUGCUGGUUGCUGGGAGCGUGUUCAUUAAAACCUCAGGUAGCAUUUCGCUAGGAGACACCUCCCUCAUGCCAGACAUCCCUGGACUACCCGCCAUUCUUACCAUACUGUUCACCCCCAUCAUGGAGUUACGCACUGAUGAAGAGAGGACUCGCUACACCGGCGCACUCUGUGGUCUGGGCUGGAACAACAAAACAAAAAAAGCCGUCCUGCCCGACCAUGACAUUGAAUUGGACUUUGAUGUGAAGUUUGAUAUCGAAGACAUCACUGAGAUAAAUGCUUUGCGAAUGGCGAUCAAUCACCUGGCGUGUGAAGGGCCGGGUGGCAACCUGCACUUACCGUCCGACAAGAUAGGGCAGUUCCAGGAGGAAUGUCGUGGACGUCUCAUUAGAUUGUUCACCAAGUCACCUCCGAGGGAAGUUGUCACUCCAGAGUACUUUAAAAAAGCAGGAAAAUGGAACCAGGUUGAUCAGUCACUCAAAAUUGAUGUAGCUGAGGUCAGAACUGGACAAACAAGAGGAGUUCUCUUUGAGCUGCAUCUUCCCCUUCUCCUCAACAACUGAUGUGCUGCAUUUGCACAUUUUUCUUUUUUAUAUUUUAUUUCAAUUUUAGUUGCAGUUCAAGACUUAUUUACCAGCGGGACUGUGAAGCUGUAGGAAAAUUAAAAACAAUUAUUGGUUUGUACAUGUUCUUUGAACAUACCUCUGCGUAGGUUUAACGUUGAGAUAAAUUGUUUUCUUGUUCAAACAGUUCCUCGGCAGUAAGACAAUAAAAAUAAUUUGUUCCAGCA